UAAGUUUUAUAUUUACCCAUAGCUCCUCUACAAAGUCCAAAGUCGGGAUUAACUCAGCAACGAGUUAGGGUUACGAUCGAGUCAAUCGACUCAAUCAUCCACCUACGUCCUCUAUAAAGUAUAAACCGCGCAGCGAAAACCUUUCACAGUCUUCGCGACAGCUUUCGGACUCCACCGACAAAACCAUCAACAGUCAAAUCACUAUCGUACGACUCGGCAUUCUGCUAAAACCCUAAGCUGUUUCGAUCUCUGCAAAUAUGGGGGAUAACAACGAUGCCUCCACGCGCAGCGACAAAGCCCGCGCGGUGAAAAUUGCAGCGGCGAAAAUUGAGGCGGCGAAAAUUGAGGAACUCAAACAGAUAGCAAAGAGUCAUCCCACUGGUAUGACACCCAACAUUCUGAAGCUUUUUGAACCCCGACCUCCACUGGAGUAUAAACCACUUCCAGAGAAGAAAAAAUGCCCACUGUAUACAGGUAUGGCACAAUUUGUCAGUAACUUUGCUGAGCCAGGAGAUCCUGAAUAUGCUCCACCUGUCCAAAAGGCUGAAACUCCUGCACAAGUAAGGGCUGGAAUCCACAAGUUACGGCUAGAGGAAGGGUCAAAAAAGGCUGCAGAGGAGCUUGAGAAAUAUGAUCCUAAUAGUGACCCAAAUAUUUCUGGAGAUCCAUACAAGACACUGUUUGUAUCUAGGCUUAAUUAUGAAACCACGGAGAGCAGGAUCAAAAGGGAGUUUGAAGCUUAUGGGCCUAUAAAGCGGAUUCAAUUGAUUACUGACAAAGUCACAAAUAAACCUAGGGGCUAUGGUUUCAUUGAGUAUAUGCAUACACGGGAUAUGAAAGAUGCAUAUAAACAAGCUGACGGGACGAAGCUUGAUGAUAAAAGGGUCCUUGUAGAUGUUGAACGUGGUAGAACUGUCCCAAACUGGCGACCUCGCAGACUUGGUGGGGGACUUGGAACCACUAGGGUUGGAAGCGAAGAAGUAAACCAGAAAUACUCUGUGAGAGAGCAACAACAAUCAGGAGCACCACCUCGAUCUGAGGAGCCAAGGGCACGAGGGGACAGGCAUGAAGUCAGGCAUAUGGAAAAAUCUCGUGACGGGGGAAGGGACAGAGGAAGAGAACAAGAGAGGUUCCAUGAACGCUCGCAUGACAGACCAAGGGAUCGUGAUCAUAGAGAUGAUAGGCAUCACAGAGAUUGGGACAGAAACAGAGACAGGAACAAGGGGAGAGACCAUGGUCGAGACCGUGACCAAGCACAGGACCGCGACAGAGCUCGGGACCGUGGUCGGGACUAUGAUCGUGGUCAAAACAGAGACCGUGAUCGUGAUCGCCAUCGCCAUCGAGAGGAGGAGAGGGAUAGGGAUUAUGAGGUCAGGGACCCUAGCCGUGGUCGUUCCCGUGAUGGUUAUGACUAUGACCAGGUGGAGUCAAAACAGCAUCACAGACGGUCUUAUGAACAUGCUGAGCCUGAGAAGGAUCCUGGAUGGUACGAUGAGCCUGAACACGGGCAGAGGCAUGCAGAUGCUGAACACCACCACAGACAUUACCAUCGGGAUCGAGGACAACAUGAUAAUUUGGAUGUCCAGGGUGAUGAAGUCUGAGCCGCGUGAAAGAGAGAACUCAAGAUUUGGAUUUUGAAUAUUGGCGCUCAGAGACUUUCUCGUACUACUAAGCAAUUUUAUGGUUAGCUUUUGAACUGGUAAGGUGACCUUAUAUAUAUGAAAUAUAAAGCUCUGCAUUCAUGUUUGCUACUGAUCUCAUGAAUGAGUUUACGGACUGGCUUUGAUCAAGCUCAAAUAGAAAGUGGCUCGGGGCUCCUAGAUUUUGGGAUUAUUUGCCCUUUAUGUUAUUAGGACUCUGUUCUAUGUGGGGUUUUCAAUUUUUGUUUUUGAUGUUUGAAAUAAACAGAAGGAAUUUCAUGGUA